AUGCGAGACAUUCAUUUGCUAGCACUAACACCACUAUCUCUGCUUCUUGGCGUGAUAUUGGGACUUAUCAAGGAAAAGCUGGCCAAGUAUUCCAUACAACGUUUACUACUAGCAAUCACUCCAUUUUCUCUUUUGUUAUUGCUAUCCAUUCGUGAUGGAAUUGUAUUAACUGGCAUUUAUUUGCUUGGACGCAUGUUGGGGGCAUCAUUAGUUGGUGUGGGACUUACAGGAGGUAUUGCAACGGGCAAGAGUACAGUCUCGAAUGUAUUUCGUGCGUCUGGAGCUGUUAUUAUUGAUGCGGAUGUGGUUGCUAGAGAAGUCGUCAUGCCAGGACGUGGUGCAUAUAAGGAGAUUGUCCAUUGUUUUGGUACUGGAGUGCUCCAUGAGCAUGAUGCGACUAUUAACCGUGCCAAAUUAGGAGCAAUUAUCUUUAGUGAUCCCACGCAGCGGAAGAAACUUGAUACUGCAACGCACAAGCACAUUCUAUGGGAGAUGUUCAAGCAGCUUGUUUACCAGCGUCUUAUAUGUCGUAAACGACUAGUGGUAUUGGAUGCACCGCUAUUGUUUGAGACAAAGGUGCUAGAGUAUUUCUGUUAUCCGACGAUUGUGGUCGUGUGCUCCGAUACAAACGAGUUAUCGCGACUCAUGAAGCGUGACAAGAUAACACGUCAAGAUGCUGAAAAGCGUAUCAAGUCUCAGAUGAAUCUCCAUGAAAAAGUAUCCAAGGCUGAUCUAGUUAUUCAGAACGAUGGGACACUAGAUGAACUACUGCUUCAUACACACGAGACGCUCCAACGUGCUGCAGCUUUAGUCGGCAUUUUAAAUCAGUUCACAUUCCUUGAAAACAAUCGUGUGCUGAUGGUUCGCAAGGGUGUAUCUCUACAAGAAAAGCGUGAGCGUAUCUUGCGCAUAUACCAUGAAUCCAAGGAGGUAUUUAACCUAAAAGAAGUCGAAAAGCUUGGCUCGAAAGCUGGUGUUGUACUGCAAACAAUCAAGGACGUGAAUCAAGCGCUUGUAGAUGACACAUUGGUAGAUUGUGAUAAGAUUGGAUCAGCAAACUACUUUUGGUCCUUUCCAUCCACGUUAUCACAGUCAAGGAAGCGUAAAUUGAGUGAAUUGGAGCAACGUCGACAAGCUAUAGAAGAAAAACUGAUCAAGGUGAAACAAAGUAUCAAUGAGCAAAAGGCUUUGCGUCCAGAAUCGGAGGAACGUGUGCUAAAGCUACAUCGACUGGAAGAACAGAACGCAAAAGUACAGGCUCUGCGGAUCAAAGUACAGCACUUGGCGGACAAUGAUCCAGCAAUUCUAAACGAGCUCGAGAGUAAAUUGCGUGUCGCAAAGGAAGGGUGUGAUCGAUGGACCGACAAUGUGUAUACUCUCAAGUCAUGGGUCGUCAAGAAGCGUGGAGUCGAGGGCCGAGAGGUGGACAAAUGGCUGGGCAUCAAAGACGAUUUUGACUACGUCGAGUGA